CCCUGUGCCACGCCCCUGAUCUGCAGCUUUGGGAGGCCUGUGGACCUGGAGAAGGACGACUACCAGAAGGUGGUGUGCAACAACGAGCACUGUCCUUACAGCACCUGGAUGCACUUGCAGUGUUUCUAUGAGUGGGAGAGCAGCAUCCUGGCCCAGUUCAACUGCAUCGGCCGCGCCCGCAGCUGGAAUGAGAAGCAGUGCCGCCAGAACAUGUGGACCAAGAAGGGCUACGACCUGGCUUUCCGCUUCUGCUCCUGCCGCUGUGGGCAGGGCCACUUAAAGAAAGACACAGACUGGUACCAGGUGAAGCGGAUGCAGGAUGAGAAAAAGAAGAAGUCUGGGUUGGAGAAGAACACGGGGAGGCCCCCAGGGGAGGCUGGAGAGGAGGCAAAAAAGUGCAGACCCCCGAACAAGCCCCAGAAAGGCCUGAACCAUGACCUCCCCCGUCGGCAUUCUAUGGACCGGCAGAACUCCCAGGAGAAGGCAGUCAGUGCUGCAGCCUAUGGUGCCCGUUCCCCUUGUGGCUCCCCUGGCCAGUCACCCCCGACUGGCUACUCCAUCCUUUCUCCUGCCCACUUCAGUGGUCCUCGUUCCUCCAGAUACCUUGGAGAAUUCUUAAAAAAUGCCAUCCACCUUGAGCCUCACAAAAGGGCCAUGGCUGGGGGUCAUGUGUUCAGAAAUGCCCACUUUGAUUACAGUCCAGCUGGGUUAUCUGUUCACAGGGGAGGACAUUUUGACACUCCUGUACAGUUUCUGCGGCGGCUGGACCUCUCUGAGCUCCUCACUCAUAUCCCCAGGCAUAAGCUGAACACUUUCCACGUGCGGAUGGAAGAUGAUGCUCAAGUAGGCCAGGGAGAGGAUCUGCGGAAGUUCAUCCUCACGGCCCUCAGUGCCAGCCACAGAAACGUUGUAAACUGUGCUCUGUGCCACCGGACACUGCCUGUAUUUGAACAGUUCCCACUGGUGGAUGGAACUCUGUUCUUAAGCCCCUCGAGACAUGAUGAGAUCGAAUAUGAUGUUCCUUGUCACCUUCAAGGGAGACUCAUGCAUCUGUACGCAGUGUGUGUGGAUUGCCUGGAAGGGGUUCACAAGAUCAUCUGCAUCAAGUGUAAGUCUCGGUGGGAUGGCAGCUGGCACCAGCUGGGCACCAUGUACACCUAUGAUAUCCUGGCUGCCUCUCCCUGCUGUCAGGCCCGCCUGAACUGCAAGCACUGUGGCAAACCCGUGAUCGACGUGAGGAUCGGGAUGCAGUACUUCUCCGAAUACAGCAAUGUCCAGCAGUGUCCACACUGUGGGAACCUGGACUACCAUUUCGUGAAGCCAUUCUCCUCCUUCAAAGUUCUUGAAGCUUAUUGAUGAAAGCUUUGCUUUAGUAAUAGCUAUUUUAUUGAUAUUAUUACUUUGUUACAGAUCUUUUAUAGGGAAACAUUCUGUGACAUUAAUUUCUUUUUCUAAGUUAAAGCAGAGUUUACUUUGUAUAUCUGUGCCACUAAAAUGGGGUUUGCCCCUUGCCUGUCUUGAUUCCCAAAUGUUAGUCUUUGGUCAGGAUUGGAACUAAGAAGGGUAGUAGGGGGCAUUUGGGUAAGAGUUCACUCUCACUGAGAGUCUCUGUUGCAUCUUUAAGGUAGUUGGGAGGAUGGGAUGAAUUUAGGAGAGGGAUUUUAUGGCUAUUAUGGAACAGCAUAGUGGGAUUUGGGAGGGAGCUCUUACUAAAAUGUUAACUUUCUAAAGACCUACUUUCUAGAUAGUCUGUGAGCAUUGGGAAUAAUAUACGACAAGUGAAUGUAAGUCUGAGCCUUGAGAGCUAAUAGUGUGUUGUGCUAUCUUGGCUUAGUGUUCUGCAGCACAUGUUGACAUGCAGUUUGCUCUCACUGACAGGUGACUGGAAAGUGGACCUGAGUGCUGUUUCUUUCACUGUUUUAAUGAUCAAUUCCAAUACUGAAAAUUAGAUCUAAAUUAUAAGACAUAAAAACUUUUGGGGUUGCAGAUAUUUUUAGAUAAGCUGACCUAUAAUGCAGACUACGUAAAAGGAGUUCAGAAGUGGUACACUGUGAGUCUGAAGUUGGUCAAAGUAGCUGUUAGGGAGAAUCCAUGCAUUCUCCUUAAAGUGAUUUGGGCAGUGAUAGUUUCACUGUUGAAGUACCAUUUUGGUAUCAGAUCCUUUUCAUGGGUCCAUCUCACAAUCACAAAACUUUACUGUGAGCUUCAGAAACAGCCUUGCCAUACAUACUUUCCCCAUGGUAAUUUAGCUCCAUUUACCAUGUUUAAAUCUUGAGUUUCCAAAAAAGUUGGCCUGAAGAAGGAAAGGGAAAUUUGUUUGAGAAAAUAGAAAAGUUUUUAAAAAGUUUGUUUCAUAUUGGAAAAUUACUGGUUGAAAUGCAAAAAGUAUAUGUCAUUCUGAGAAUCCUCACGAUACCUUAACUGUUGAUGGGAAGGUGGUCAUGUAUAGAGCUUGAUUAGUCAGAUUAUUAUUUCAAAAUACAGUCUUCUGUUCAUUAGAGCUUAGUGACUUAAGUACACUAAUGCCCUAUCCUCUUGUAGAAUUGGAAUUGCACUAUGAUUUCUCAUAAAUAUGAUAACUACCAGUAUAUUUAUAUAUGCUAAAAGAAUCCUAAAAUAGUCUGAUGAAUAGACAGAUUUGGGGUUUAUGUGAAUAUUUUAUAUUACUCAUUUUGCUUAUACCACCACCCCAUUGUUUCUUUCAAAACAAUUAUUGCAAGUGAAUUUUAGUUAAUAGUGGGAAGAAAUGCUCACAAUGUCUAUGAGAAGCAGAAAAUCAUCACUGGUCAGACAGUACUUGAUACAACUACAAGAUACAGCCCUUGAACUGUAAUUGUGAGUGAACUAUUUCCCUACUGAUUCUCUUAUACACUAAGUAUAAGAUUGGUAAGUUUCUCUUUAGAGAACUAUUUGAAUUUUAUUUCUGAUUUUAAAAUGGUAAAAUAUUUUUAAUGUUCUUUAAACCACCUAUAUUUUUCUAGUGAAACCUGCUUUUUUGUUGUUCAGAGCUUAAAGUUGACCUAUCAUUACAUUCAGUAAGUUUAUUAAACAAAAAAAUUCCUUUGGGUUAACUGUAUGUUGUAUUCUAUGUUUUCUCCUAAAUUGUUUUCUGUCCUCUGAACAGUAACUAUGAUGGGCUUUCAGUAUAAUUGGAUAAAACUUUUGGAUGUUGUUUUGAUGAUAAAGUGGGGACUCUAUAGAAACAGAUCUAUAGUUAUAUAUAAAAAGAGAGAAGACUGAGUACCAUACUCAGUAUCCUGUGCCUUUAAGACAUUACAUUUUUGUCUGAAAGGGGAAAUUUGGCUGAUUUGAGAAUAAAAUACAAUUGAGUAUGCAACAUUCUAAGGAUAAAUCUUAUUUUAGAAAUCUGCUGAUCUUAAUGCUUUCAAGCUUGCCCUGAGCACCUUGAUCAGAACUGGAAUAUGUCAAGAAAGAUCAUUCUUUUUAUUGUAGUUAGGAUAUUAAAGGGUAUUAAUCACCCAAGAACCAAUUUGUUUUCUCUGAUGAAUAAUGUUCAAUAACAUACCACAGUCUUAGAGUGACUAAUAAUUUCAAAGUAUUCUUUCAUCUGCUCUAAU